AUGUGCCCAAAACAUCAAGAGUACUGCCCGAUCCACAAAGAUUACUGGAAGGUUUGUCUUGAUGAGUAUAUGCUGACACGUCUGUUCUGCAAGUACAAGGACGAAUCUUGUAGCCUUUGCGACCUAGCAGCCGACCGUGAGGACAAGGAGGUGCGCAAGAAGAAGGAAGCCGACGUGGCCGCGAUCAAAGCUAAGGAGCAGAAUGCUUUCUUCGAGGUGAGCAGCAAAGUGCGCAAGGCCAAGAAGGAUGACAGAGACAAGAAGGACGACAAGGGUGAGGAUAGGAGCUCGGCUACCAACACUGGCGACUCGUCGGCUGCAAGUGCUACCAGCUGA